GCAAGCAAUAUGAUUCGUGGUAAGGACAUUUACGAUGUGUUUGCGGCCAUUGUGCCUCUAUACGUUGCUAUGCUAUUAGCAUAUGGAUCGGUGAGGUGGUGGAAAAUCUUCACACCAGACCAGUGCUCUGGUAUCAACCGAUUUGUGGCUGUGUUUGCAGUUCCAUUACUUUCCUUCCAUUUCAUUUCUUCCAACAAUCCUUAUGCCAUGAACUAUCGCUUCAUUGCUGCUGAUUGUCUCCAAAAAAUGGUCAUUCUUACAGCUCUCUUUCUAUGGCAAACAUUUAGCAAAAAUGGCUGCCUUGAGUGGAUGAUUACCCUCUUCUCUCUCUCCACUCUCCCCAACACUCUUGUCAUGGGAAUCCCACUCUUGAAGGCCAUGUAUGGAGAUUUCUCAGGAGAUCUCAUGGUCCAGAUUGUGGUUUUGCAGAGUAUUAUUUGGUAUACUCUCAUGCUCUUCUUGUUUGAGUUCAGAGGUGCAAAGCUACUCAUUUCGGAGCAGUUUCCAGAGACUGCUGGCUCCAUCACUUCCUUCAAGGUUGAGUCUGACGUUGUUUCACUCAACGGUCGUGACCCAUUACUCGCUGAUGCUGAGAUCGGUGAGGAUGGAAAACUUCACGUAGUUGUGAGAAGAUCUGGUGCUGCAUCAGCUUCAUCAUCUAUGGUUUCCUCAUUUAACAAGUCCCAUGGCCAUGGACUUGGACUAAGUUCCAUGACUCCACGAGCAUCCAAUCUUACUGGUGUAGAGAUCUACUCAGUACAGUCUUCCAGAGAGCCAACACCAAGAGCUUCAAGCUUCAACCAGACAGAUUUCUAUGCAAUGUUUGCUAGUAGCAAAGCACCAAGUCCAAAACACAAUUAUGAGUCUUCAAAAGGAGCAACACCAAGGACUUCAAAUUUUGAUGAUCAUGAUAUGCAGCUUCUUAAUAGUAAUAACAAAUUUGGGAAGAAAACUAGAGGAGGAGCGAGGAGUAUGAGUGGUGAGUUGUUUAAUGUUAAUGGUACAGUUGCAGGGGGUAAUUACCCUCCUCCAAACCCUAUAUUUUCAGGGUCUAGUACUAGUGGUGUCCAAAGGAAGAAGGAGAUGGCUGUGCAGCCUAGCAAAGAGCUUCACAUGUUUGUUUGGAGCUCAAGUGCUUCUCCAGUUUCCGAAGGCAAUCUCAGACAUGCAGUCAAUCGAGCUGCCUCCACUGACUUUGGGGUCCUUGAUCCUUCCAAAGCUGCCACUCAACUUCAGACCGCUGUUUCAAGAGGUGAAAAUAUCAGUCCAGCAAGCAAAAUUAAUGGGGACAAAUCAGAGCUUGAAAUAGAGGAAGGAUUGAAGUUCCCAACAAAUGGGUCACCUUACACAUGCCAGAAAAAAGUAGUGGAUAUGGAAGAAAGCGAUGGAGCGAAGAAGCACCAAAUGCCUCCCGCAAGUGUCAUGACUAGGCUUGUACUUAUCAUGGUUUGGAGGAAGCUUAUAAGAAACCCUAAUACCUACUCAAGUCUUAUCGGCCUUACAUGGUCUCUCAUUUCAUACAGGUAUCACAUCCAAAUGCCAACUAUCAUUAAAGGAUCCAUUGCAAUAUUAUCUGAUGCAGGAUUGGGAAUGGCAAUGUUCAGUCUGGGUUUGUUCAUGGCUUUACAACCAAAGAUCAUUGCUUGUGGAAAUUCCGUGGCAGCAUUUUCAAUGGCUGUUAGGUUCUUAACUGGUCCAGCAGUAAUUGCAGCAACCUCAAUCGCUAUUGGUCUUCGUGGGGUGCUUUUGCAUGUUGCCAUUGUUCAGGCUGCUCUUCCCCAGGGAAUCGUUCCCUUUGUAUUUGCCAAGGAGUACAAUGUGCAUGCCAACGUACUUAGCACUGCAGUUAUUUUUGGAAUGCUGGUUGCCUUGCCCAUAACUGUUCUUUACUAUGUGCUUCUUGGGCUGUAACUUGUGGACAGAAGUAAAGACAAGGGAAAGCAAAUAUAGUAUUGUAAAUCCAAAUUAGGCUUAUUAUAUGCAAAUGUCCGGGGAAGAACAAUGCCAUUGUAUU